AUGUCGAAGGCUCACGGCCCGGUAUAUCAAAGUUACAAUGAAUAUGGCAACGAUGGGGACGGUGCCCUGCCUCGACCUAAGCCAGGGCUUAACGCCAGAGAUCAGAGUUUCGGGACUCCUCUGGUAUCUCUCGUGCCUGACCAGCAACCUGGGAGAAAAAAACGAGGAAUUGCCGUGGGAGGACCCCCUUACAAGAGCUUCCAAGACCAUGACCAAGACCACGACGAGUGGGGCACGUCCUGGCAUCCAAGCCCAGCUAAAGCUCCGGCCGACGAUGGGCCCUCAUUCGCAGAUGGAACUAGCUGGGUCUAUUUCAAAUUGGCCCUCCACGUGAUAGGAAUGAUGGUUUCUCUUGCCUCUUUAAUCUUGAGUUUUACCUUCAUUCCACAUAAGCGCUACCAUGGAGACUUGAUAGCAAUUUCAUGCCCAGUUCCUGGAGUCGCUCUCAUAUUGGGUUUCGGCGAGUUGGCCGUUCGAAUUGUCUACGAAUACACGGAAAAGCCCCGCCGCGGCGCUGCUUCCAAAGGAAUCCAUCCAGCUGGCCAUGUCGCCGUCUGCCUAGUUCUUUGGCUAGCUAGUAUCGUCGUGCUGUAUUUCUUGACAACAUACAUUAAGGCCACCGAUAAUUACUGCUAUGCGCCGUUCGACGAAACAAUAUUUACGAAUUUU